UGCGAGCCCGCGCGCAGGCGCCCUGAACGGCUUCGUGCAGUCCGGCGGCUCCCGAGUAGGAGGCGGCGGCGGCGGCAUCUGAGGCGCGGCCUAGCUUGUGAGGCGCGUUUUCUACCUCGUCAGCCUGGGCUCCGGCAACAACAUGAGUAUCGGCGGCUCGGAUCGGAACGAGGAGUUCUACCAGCAGCUGCGGCUGCAGGAGCUGUACGGCAAGAAGGACGAGGAAGGCGGCGAGGACCCUUUCACGUACACGGACCCGGCGGACGGGACGCAGUACGAGUGGGAUCGCGACAAGAGGGCCUGGUUCCCGAAGGUUACUGAAGAUUUCCUGGCAACAUAUCAUGCUAACUAUGGCUUCCCCACUGAAAGUUCAGAUAAUUCAUCUGCAUCUCUUACAAAGACUGAAUCUAAAACUCCUAAAGAUUCAAAGAAUACCAAGAUCCAGCAGCCAACAGAUCCAAAAGCAUCUCAGGCAACAGAUCUUAAACAAAGAGGAGAGAAAAGAAAACCUGAUGCAGGAUGGUUUCAUGUUGAAGAACAGAGAAACACAAAUGUAUAUGUGACAGGUUUGCCACCAGACAUUACAAAAGAUGAGUUUGUGCAGGUUAUGUCAAAAUGUGGUAUUGUUAUGCGUGAUCCACAAACAGAGGAGCCUAAAAUUAAACUUUACAAAGACAAAGAAGGAAAUCUUAAAGGAGAUGGGCUCUGCUGCUACUUAAAGAGAGAAUCUGUUGAAUUAGCAUUAAAACUAUUGGAUGAAAAUGAAAUUAGAGGCUACAAAUUGCAUGUGGAAGUUGCACAGUUUCAACCAAAGGGGGAGUACGAUGCCAGCAAGAAGAAAAAGAAAUGCAAGGACUACAAGAAGAAGCUGUCUCAACAACAAAAACUGCUGGAUUGGAGACCGGAGAAGAAAGAUGGCAGUGUUCGAAUGCGGCACGAGCGUGUUAUCAUUAUCAGGAACAUGUUCCACCCAAGCGAUUUUGAGGAAGAUCCUUUAGUGCUAAAUGAGAUAAGAGAAGAUCUUCGGACAGAAUGUGAAAAGUUUGGACAAGUAAAGAAAGUCAUUCUAUUUGACAGGCACCCAGAUGGUGUUGCUUCUGUGUCAUUUAAAGAAGCAGAAGAAGGAGAUGUCUGCAAACAGGCACUCAACGGGCGAUGGUUUGGUGGACGUCAGCUCUCUGUGGAGACAUGGGAUGGUGUAACAGAUUAUCAGGUCGAGGAGACUUCAAGAGAAAGGGAAGAGAGACUGAAGGGUUGGCAGAAGUUUUUAGGUGAUCCAAAUACAGAAAUGCCAAAAACAGCAUCUGAUGCAGAUUCUUCGGAAACUGGUGUCCAGCUCCCAGAAGGAGUUCAGCCAUCUAAAGAUAAUAGUGCAUCUGAGGGUGGCCCAGAGGGUGAAGCAGCUGAGAGAGGAGAUAAUGGCGAGGGUACCAACGAAGAUGUCACAGCAUCCACAGACAGCAGCGUUGCAGGCAGUGACGAGGAAGCAGAGACCUAACGUCUUUAACUCAUUUGUAAAAGCAUGUAUGUAGGGUAACCUUUAGACCUCUGUUAUGCUGUGCUUCGAAGCAACUGCAGGCAGCAUUCAAAUGAAUAUAUAUGCAUUACCCUGUUAAGAUAUCAUCAGCGUGUUUUUGAAGUGUUUCAUCAAUAGCAGCAUUUAAUGAUCAUCUGCUGCUGCUGUCCAAGCUGUGUGUAUGUGUCCAUAAGUUGCCAAGAGCCUGCUGAACUGACCAGCUGUCUUAUCUUAUACCUUUGCUUGUCAGUGUUCAAAGUCCAUCACUGUAAGCAGGUGUACAGACUUGCAGUUCCUAUUAACUACACAAUGACCUUUAGAAUUACAGAGGUAUGAAUGCUUUUAAUUUUUUUUCUCCCAAUUUCCUAAAUGCCCCAAUCUUUGGAUGAUCCAGUACUUUUUUGGAUGAGCUGGCUUUCCUGAUACUAUGCACUUUUAAAAUAACAGAUCACUGAGAAUACAUUACAGUAUUGGCACCCUGUACAUGUAGCUGGGGAGUGGAAAAAAUAAUUAUCACCCGCAAUUAAUAAAGAUAAAUGUUCUGAAAGUACUCUCCUGGGAUGCAAAGUUUUAGAUGACUGAAGUUCCCCUUUCAUUUUAAUUCAUUUUAAAUCCUGAUGAGAUUAGAUGACAAAUAGGAAAAAGUGUGUAAAUAAGCCUAACUGAUCUCUGUUUUUAAUUUUUUGAGGAUAAAUUCAUAUUGGAAACAAAGCGAGAGCUUGUGUGGUGGAAGUGUGAUUCUUUUCUUCAUCUUACUGUGUUCAAUUGUAGUUUGGUUUCAGGCAUUUGUCAAGGGUGAUGAGCAUAUAGAGCCUGUUUUUUGGUAUACUUGGUUUUACUACAGGAGACUACAAACAAAAUUGUUUUGCGAUUCCCUCUCAAAAUUGUUGCUCAGAUUUUAAAAGACAGAUGUUUGUUUACAGAUGCGAACCAUUCAGAACUAGCAAACAUUUGUGUUUUGGUUUUAAAUGUACCUGGCUUCCAAAUGUUGUAUAUAAAAUUAUUUUCCAAUAUCAUUUUUAACAAGAUCUAUCAAAUCAACUGCACUAAAAACCACCAAACUGUUACUGUUUUUAAGCUCAAUUCAGACAUAAUGAGGAACCAUGAACUUCUGUGAUGAGAAUGAGCAGCAGUGGGCGUCUUCCUCUUAAUGUUUAGCAUACCUGUUUUGUAUUUGGGAAUAUGGGAUUAUGUUUUAAACAAAUUAAAGAGAGAUUAAAUUUGCAUCACA